AUGAAGAUCUUGACUGAAAGGACCUCCCAUUUCAAUAUUGCACUGGAUGAUGUGUCAAUCACAAGCUUGACAUUUGGUAAGGAAUUUACAACCGCAAUUGAAGCCAAGCAGGUUGCUGCUCAAGAAGCUGAGAGGGCUAAGUUUGUGGUAGAAAAAGCUAAACAGGACAAAAGAAGUGCUGUUAUUAGAGCACAUGGAGAAGCCAAGAGUGCACAAUUGAUUGGUCAAGCUAUUGCCAAUAAUCCUGCAUUUAUCACCUUGAGGAAAAUUGAAGCUGCAAGGGAAAUCGCUCAUACAAUUUCAAACUCUGCUAACAAGGUUUACUUGAAUUCAGAUGACCUCUUUAUAGCAACAUAG